AUGUACGGGCACAAUGGUGCAGCGCGGUUCGCAGGAGAUUGCGGUGGGCGUUGUGUGAAGCUGUAUGCGCAAAGCGUAGUGAGAUUCCCCCACAUGUUCUGCUGCAUGAUCGGCGUCCUCAUGCUUGUCUUGUCCGUCGUGUCCAUUGCUACAGGUGCGAUGGACAUUGUCGAUGAGAAGGAGGUUUGGCUCGUCCCCACCUCCGACAGCACCCUUACCUACAAGGCCUGGACGCACGCAAAGUGGCAGGCGCUCGGCGAGCCGGUGGGCUUCAAGUGGCACGGCACGUCCGUGGGCAGACGGCUGGAGAACGCCACCCCUGACGGCCCGCCUGCCGACAAGCAGGACGGAGGUCUGGUGCAGUACAAGUGGGACGGCGAGUGGUGGACGCUCGCAUUCAUAUACAAGAGCGACAAGGGAGGAUCCGACAACGUGUUCACGCCCGCGCGGCUGCAGGAGAUGUGCCGCCUCGAGGCCCUGGUGCUUGAGCAGCCCCUCACCUGGGCCGUGAGCGACUCGGCACCGCGCCUCUUCUACCAGGACGCGGCCGAGUACGCGAGCUGCCCCGAGCUGAACCAGAGCGUGGUCAGCGCAAAGCUGGAGGCGAUGUACUUGGACGUGGCUGCGAAUGGAGCGGCCUCACAGUACGCCAGAUUCGUCCAUCCGUCUUUUGCCAGCACCGGCACGAGCGCAUACAGUCGCACUGCGAUGGAGGUCAUAGGUCCCAAAGGCAAGGACGUUGACGACCACAAGAGGCAGAUCACCGAUGACGUCAUCCUGAAGGAUCUCGGUCUGUCGUACGGCUUCCUCCGCUCGGCGCUACAGGUUGAGGAGGACCGAUUCAACAGCCGUCUGGACCGCUGA